AUGACAAGGAAUCCAUUCAUGGCAGAGGAUGAAGAGCCUCCAGUGAUACGUUCUCCACAACGGGCUGCUAUGAGAGCUAGUCAGUAUAGUUACAGUGCUGUUUCAUACGAUGAUGAUGCCAGUCGUUUUCAAGGUUUUCCAGCAGUUGAUAGUAAUCCAUCAUCACCUUCAAAAGCUGCUGCCAGAUACUCACCUCAGAAAAUGAAUAAUACCCUUAUCGAUAGUGUGCACAAUUCCCCACUGCCACGAAACAGGUACCAAGCCAAUUUGCAAGAAUCUCCAAGAAGAAUGAAUCAUGCACUCAUUGACGUUGAAAGCAAUGAUGGUGAGAGUUUGUAUGACAUAUACACCAACAGUCCUACUAAACCAGGUCCUUUAUUCCAAAGACUAACCUCAAAUGAGACAGAAUACACGUAUGAUAGCAGAAAAAUCAGCGGAGAAAGUACGGUUUACUCAGGUGAUACUUUCGGCGAGACGAAAUUUGAAUUGAAUCAUCCAAAGACACAAACUUACAAGAAGCGUGGAUUAUCUGAGGUGAGAAGACAUCCUCCAGCUUUUAAGCAAAGAAGAAUCUUGAAGCUCGACAACCCAAUCCCAAGUGGAUUGAGAGAUAUUAUUCCAAAAAGAGAUUCUCCGGAAUUUACCGAAAUGAGAUAUACGGCUUGUACCAGUGAUCCUGACACGUUUGUUGAGGACGGUUAUAAUUUGAGAAUGGCAGAAAUGAAUAGAGAAUGUCAAAUUACAAUUUGUGUCACAAUGUAUAACGAAGACAAAUUCGCUUUAGCUAGGACGUUACACUCCAUUCAAAAGAACGUCGCCCAUCUGUGCAAACGUCACAAAUCUAACGUCUGGGGACCAACCGGCUGGAAAACUGUUCAAAUUAUCAUUAUCAGCGAUGGUAGAUCUAGAAUAAACCAAGGUUCCUUGGACUACUUGGCAGCUAUCGGUGUAUAUCAAGAGGAUAUGGCUAAAUCGACCGUUAAUGGUGAACCAGUGAAAGCGCAUAUUUUCGAGCUUACUACACAGGUGUCUAUUGAUGAGGAAUUAAACUAUAGAAGUGAAGGCACGGUACCUUGCCAAAUGGUUUUCUGUUUGAAAGAAGAAAAUCAGAAGAAAAUCAACUCUCAUCGUUGGUUGUUCAAUGCUUUCUGUCCCAUCUUGGAUCCAACUGUUGUUACAUUAGUGGAUGUAGGCACGAAAUUGAAUAGUACCGCCGUUUAUCACUUGUGGAAGGUGUUCGAUAUGGAUUCCAAUGUCGCCGGUGCUGCUGGCCAGAUUAAGACCAUGAAGGGAAAAUUUGAUAUGAAAUUAUUAAAUCCUCUAGUUGCUGCCCAAAAUUUCGAGUAUAAGAUGUCCAAUAUACUUGAUAAGCCAUUAGAAAGUGUUUUCGGUUAUAUCACUGUGCUUCCUGGUGCGCUCUCAGCAUACCGUUACAGAGCAUUAAAAAACAAUGAUGAUGGUACAGGUCCACUGCAUUCAUAUUUCCUAGGUGAAACACAAGAAGGUAGAGAUCACGAUGUUUUCACAGCCAAUAUGUAUUUGGCAGAAGAUAGAAUUCUAUGUUGGGAAUUAGUUGCUAAAAGGGAUGAAGCAUGGGUUCUUAAAUAUGUGAAAGAAGCAACUGGUGAGACAGAUGUUCCAGAAGAACCUCCAGAAUUUAUUUCUCAAAGAAGACGUUGGUUGAAUGGUGCUAUGUUUUCAGCAUUAUACGCGCAAAUACAUUUCCAUCAGAUUUGGAAAACAAGACAUUCGACAACUAGAAAAUUCUUUUUCCACAUCGAAUUCUUAUAUCAACUAGUUCAAAUGAUUUUCUCGUGGUUCUCUAUUUCUAACUUCUUCCUGACUUUCUAUUACUUGGCAGGGUCCAUGAAUUCUAUUAUUCCCCAUGGGGAUGUACUCUUCACAUUUUUCAAAUACCUUCUGAUUUGUAACCUCUGUGCUUUGUUCAUUAUUUCUAUGGGUAACAGACCACAAGGUGCAAAUCAUCUUUUCAUUUCUUCAAUGGUCAUGUUGACAAUUUGUUCGACUUAUGCUUUGGUUUGUGGGUUAGUUUUUGCCAUCAAAACAUUAGACGAUGGAACAGAGGAACAUUCGGUAUUUGUGAACAUUGUUGUCUCUUUACUAUCAACUUAUGGUUUAUACGCUUUCACUUCCUUGUUGUACUUAGAUCCAUGGCACAUUUUCACCUCUUCGGUGCAAUAUCUGUUAAUGUUACCAAGUUUCAUUUGUACGUUACAAAUUUUCGCAUUCUGUAAUACCCAUGAUGUUUCUUGGGGUACCAAGGGUUCCACGGAAGCAGCUAAACCAAUUCCUAGUGCAGAGGUUAUUCAAGGUCCUGAUGGUAUCACAAUUGUCACUGAUCAAUGGCCUCAAGAUAUUGAUAAUAAAUACCAAGAACUGAAAUCUAGGUUAAAAGAGAAGGAGAUGGUUGAAGAAAAGGUCGACUUAACGCAGAAGCAAAAUGACUAUUACCGGGAUAUCAGAACCAGGAUAGUUAUGGUUUGGAUGUUAUCUAAUUUGAUUUUGAUGAUGAUCAUUACACAGAUCUAUGAACCUGAGGAAACGGUCAAUAAUAUUUACUUGAAAUUCAUUUUAUGGUCCGUUGCAGCAUUAGCGGCUUUCAGAGCUACAGGAUCAAUAAUCUUUUUGUUGAUGAAAUAUUUACGUUUACUGAUCAGCUGGAAGCACAAGGCCGAAGAUAGCGGUUCAUUAAACUUACCAAGUGUUGGAAACAUUCUCUCUGUUGGAGAGAAAUGA